CCGGUAGACCCGGAGCGGCCACCAUGGGGUCUGCGGCGGGGUCUGGCUGGCUCACACCGCUGGUCUGGUCUGGUCUGCUGCUGGUGGUCAGUGGUCUGCCUCCGCAGUCCUUCGUGGUCCACUCGGCGCUCUGGCACAUGACGAUCGGUCAGCCGGAUCAGAGUGAGGUUCUGGCGUCCUUCGGAACCAUGAGCGAAUGUGACUGUCUGACUAAAUGUCUGACCAGGGAAGACUGUCUGAGCUUCAGUCACGUUCCGACGGACCAGAGCUGCACCCUCUACCCGGUCCGCGGCAAUGUCGACUCUCCGAGACCGGAGCGAAUCCGCUACCGUGCGGCACUCGCCUAUUUGGGCGACUGGUGCUCGUCGGCCGAGGACUGCCUCCUGCUGACCUCGGGUGGUGGGGUGUGUCGAGAGAACACCUGUAGCUGCCCAGAGGGGCGGGUCCCGCACAACCGAACUACGUGUGGAGACCCGAUCACAACCAGUACCGUUCCACCAUCCUCGACCACAGGACAGGCAGCAACAACAACAGCUGUUGCUGUCUCCACCGCUGGGCCUACAGCGUCUUCAAUAGCUGUGCCUUCGACUGCAUCAACCACGGCUACAGCAACUUCGACCAUUGCUGAUCCAGCGACCUCGACCACUACUGCCCCAACGACUUCGCCCACUGCCCAAUCCACAGCAACUACUCAAUCAACAACAACGGAAACAACCACAACAACAGCACCAUCAACAGCAGCACCAACGACGACAGCGCAAACAACGACAACAACAACGACAGCAACAACAACAACAACAACAACAACAACAACAACAACAACAGCGAUCACAACAACGACAACACCGACAACAACAACAACAAUAAUAACAACAACAACAACAACAACAACAACGCCAACGACGACGACGACAACAACAACCACAACAACAACAACUGCAGCGGUCACCGUAGCUCCUGACGUGGCAUUCGUUCGGAAGCCUCAAAAAGGCAAUCCUCUGGGCGACGGGUCGUACCAAAUGAGCUGCAAACAAGAUUCCUCUGCAAACAUGGUUAUGGUGGGUCUCAAGGAUGACCCGACCUAUGGAACAAUGUGGAAGGACCUGGAUGACACAAACUGUGCCGAGUACCGUCACUAUCCCGACCUUGUGAUCGGAGCGCCGGGUUCUCGGAUGGGGUUCUCAUCGGGCACGGAACUCUACCGCUGUCCUGACGGCUCGGUCCUGGUCACCCUCAUUGACGACGACUGGAAGUUCAACACCCCUACCAGCAUGCAGUGCGCGCCCGUGCAGGGUCCCUACACGGUGGACGCAUCCGACUGUGCUAUACUGCCCAUCGACGACCCUCAGGCCAUGCAGUCUUCGACCAGCGACACGAGCGACUGGCCGUUCCAGUGUCCGCAACUCCCCUCCGCGGUGGGAAUAGUCAGCCUCAAGUACAGCCUCUCCUCCUCCGACUACCACUGGAAGGGCAUGGAGUGCUGCAAGAUCAAACCAACAACUCCCUAACGAAGAGGCAGGGGAUUUUGGUGACGUCAUAAGCCCAACUCGACCUGGCGGAUGGUGUUAUGCUCGGCAGUGCCCCGUGUGUUACGCAUCGGUCGGAUAUUUGGUUGCGGUGACUCAAAGGAAUCUCAUAUAGCCAUGUUCAAUAUUUAUUUUGCACCUUUAAACAAUGUUGCUGUUUGAGCACGCCUGGCGCCCCACGGUGUCGUUAGUAUUUGGAUUUCCGCAUAGUGCUUAGCCAACCGACGCUAUUACCGUUGUGCAUGUUAUUUGAUUCGUUGUUUCUUGCACUGUUUGUUAAAAUAAAGGAUUCAGCAAAUAACUGAUAAAUAUAAAUAGGUAUAUAAAACGUUGGAGGCGAAUGCGAACGUCCAACGCAUUCAUAGUUAUAACUUGAUCGCGAAUAAAAUAAACGUUCUGAAAUGUAUAUCAAAUUCAAAAUUGUCUGGAACUAUAGGCUAAAUGGCGUUUCAGGAAUCGGAAAAAUAAAUCCCGCGUCGCUGAUUAUUUGGCACAGCCUAUGGGGCAACCUUUUUACAUAUGACCUGAAAGUUUCAGGUCCGGGUGACCUUGGGUCAGGUCACCAGGUCAGAAAAACCGGUACAAGGUCAUAGUCAAAUUUCAAUUUUCUUUAUGCACCUGUCCAACUCACAGUUUUGGACCGAUUUCCUUCAAACUUUCAGGAUGUGCUAAGUUCACCCAGUUGUAUAAUAUAUAUUCCGGUUUUUUGGAUGUCACCGACCCGAGGUCAGUUAGAGGUCAUUACGUCAUAAUGUUAAGCCUAUGGGAAAAUACUAAAUUCGGAAAAUACUGGAGAUAUCCGCUUCGUUCUAUCACUUUUGUGCUUUCAAACCACAGUACUUAACAGCAGGUCACUUGGUGCUUCUUUGUUUGGUGUACUUAUCCAUGGGUCAGGUCAAAUGAGGUCAACUGAGGUGAAAUGACGUUUUUGCCAAUACCUUGGCACAUAAUGACGCUAGAGCUUCAAAAAUGGUAUCAUUGUGUUCCUGUUGAUCAGCCGAAUCGAAUGAUAUGCGAUAUGAUGCAAUUUGGUUAACUUGAACUUAAUUACUUAAUUAAAGUUUACUUAAAAUUUAAGAAAACUUUAAGUACACUUAAGCAAGCUAAAAAGUAUAUCAUUCGACGCGCCUUGACGUGCUGAGUUCACUGGUGCUUUUCUUUUUGCUUUAUCUCAAUUAGAUCAAAAGUUAUAAGUGAAAAACUUUUGACCUGUUUUUAGCGAAAUUUUUACAUUUAUACCCCUCAAAACCCCCCUAAAUAUCAACCUAGAGCAACCAAAUUUGCACAGGGGCGAGAACUCCAGGCGGCCCACCUACCUACCAAAUUUGGUGUUUCUAGGUGCCAUAGGAGCCAAUCGCGAGGGGGGGUCGCAUCGACCCCCCCCCCCCUGCCAGGCCGUGUUAUGAAAAAUGCCCUGCCAGGGCGAGGGUUAUAAGCGUUCAAAAAGUAGGAGUCAGGACAGGAAACAUGUGACGCUGUCGCCCUGUCCCGACUUAUUCAAAAAGGGCUACAGAAGUCCAUAGCAUGCAUUUAUAUUGACCGUGCUUGCGUGUUUUUUUGUGCUUCUCUGAAAUAAAUGCAUCUUUUGUCUUG